ACAGUGUGAUAUAACCUCAACUGUCAAAAUAAACUUCUGGAUGUUGUAAAAUUUUUAAAUAUGGAAGAAAAAUUACUAAAAAACCUAAUAAAAAAUGAAAAACCGGGGGGAAAUCGUCUAAAAUCUAUUAGAAUGCCAAGAGAUUUGAAUUUAGGAGGCACGAAACCAAAGAAAGUUUACACGCCUAACCUCAAUGUAGUCAGAAACAAGGAUAAAAAUAAAGAAUUCAUUAAGAAAAAUGAACCAAAACAAAGGGGACGUGCCUCCCUUGACAAAUCAAAAACAAACACCAGGCAAUCUCAAUAUGUACAAUCAAGUGGUGUAUUUGCGGAUGGUAUGGGUGCAGAUACGGUGAGAUUUAGAGACAGAAGAUCAAAUAUCAGAGACAAUGAAGAAAGGAGUAGUAUGGCAGUUCCAACUAUUAAAAAAGAUCAAAAAUGGGAAGUGAAUAAGGUAAAUGAAGAUCGUGUGAUUGAUGACAUUAUGGGAAAUGAUAAUGAAGACAGUGAUGACGAGAAAUUAAGCCUUAAACCAGUUACUUGGUGUGAACAAGAUUUUAAGUUACCUCCAGCAGCUCCAAAAUUGACUAUUAAAAGUGAAGAACCAACCAUCACGCGAUUUAGUAAAUAUGAUUCAUUUGAUCCCUUAACAGAGUUCAGAGAAGACUGUUAUAGUGAUGAUAAUCCCAAUCUAUCAAUUUGGAAUUUACCUGAGUCAUUUGCUGGUAAAGGCUUCAGUGAUGACCCAAAAGUUACUAAAGUAUUAGACUAUCCACUAUCUAUGAUGUUAGAAGGCCAAAUUGGGAAAUUAGUUAUAAGGAAAUCAGGAAAAAUGCAGGUUCAAAUAGGAAAUGUGAUGUAUGAUUUAGAAUCUGCAGAUUCAAAUCCAACGAAAGAGGAUAUUGUCAGUAUUUCAGAUAAUGGAGGAAAAUUAAACGCCAGCGUUUUAGGGCCAAUUCAAAAUAGGUUCAUAUUAAAUCCAAACUGGGAAAUGCUUUUAAAGCAAAGUUGAUUAUUCGAAUAUUGUAUAUAUUUAAAUAAAUAAAUUUGUUAAAUGUCA